CUGUAGGUAUUAUUCUGUGAUCUGGCCCUUUGUACAACAAAGUGUUGAAUUGAAUAACAUUACAAAAUAGUGAAUUUAUUUUUGUUAUUAUUUAUCAGAAAUACUUUGUGAUUUUAAUAGAAAAUUAAGUUAACAAAAUUUAAUAUUUAAAUUAUGUGAUAAUCACAUGAAAAAUGAAGGAAGAUGAGUUUAAGUAUAUGCUGUAUCUACUUGACAACCCCACUCCUGAAAUUUAUGAGGAACUCACACAAGUAUUUUUUGAUAUUAAAGCAUCCAAACCAAUUCAACCUCUAUCACAAGAAAUAUUUAAUUUUUUUAAACAAAAUCUCAAAAACAAUCCUGUCACAACAUCUGAAAUAUUGAGAUUUUAUCAAAAUUAUGUAGAUGCUGAAGACUUGAAAAAAAUAAAUGCUCUUUAUAUAGAUAUUUUAAAGAGUGAGGUAGAUGAAAACAGUCCGGAUAAGCUAAUAACUGUUUUAUCAUUAACUAAAUGUAACAAUGAUUUCUUGUCUCAGUAUACAAAUGAAAUCCUUAAUUGUAUAGCUGGAGAUGUAUUUAAGCAACACCGAAAACAAAUUUUAAUUAGUUUAGUGCCACAAGAGAAGCCACAGUUAAUUCACAGUUUAACAGACCUUAUCCAUAAAAAUGAUUCACAUAAAGCAUUUAAACUGACAGCUGAAUAUAUGAUAGAACUGUGCUAUGAAGAAAAAGUACAUUGGUUACUAAAAGCUGCAGAAAUUUAUAAACAACAGCUACAUGACAUGAAAACUGUAACAUUUCAAAUUAACAACUUUACUAAACAACUACUAAUAAUGGUGCUUAUUGAUCUAACAAAUUGUCCUGAAACAUAUGAUCUAAUAUCAUUGGUAAAUCAAUUAAGUAAUAUAUUCUCAAUUCUUGAUACAUACACAACUGCAGAUAAACAGCUUCAAUUUUAUUUGACUGAAGUUAAGAGAGAGCUGACAUUGAUAAAAUUCUGUUUGGAGAAUAAUUGUAAAAUUACGACAACAUCAGUUUUAAAUCAAAUUUUAGCACAAAGUGCACUAACUGUUAUAUCUCAAGUCUGUCGACUUUCCAAGAUGGAUAGGUAUAAAGUAUCAAGAUUACUAAAUAUGAAUAAUGAUUUUAUUUUGGAGUUAAAAGCCUUAAGCCACAAACAUGAUAGAAGAAAUAAAACAAGUGGAACUAAUUGGGAUAUAUCUAUUUAUAAUAGCUACUGUAUUAUUACCAAAGUUAUUGACACAAUUUUAGAUUCAGUUGAAGGAGCAGAAAAUUUAGAUGAAAUUAAUAAUUGUAUGGAUGAUAUUAGGCGACUCCUUUCAUCAAUACAACCCUUACAUUGUUGUAUAGAAGUUAUAGAAAACAUAUUUUCCUGCUUAUUUUUAAGGUAUGAAUAUGUCUCAUGUUAUGAACAUAAUCAAGAUUUCCCUUGUGGCACUCAUUCCGAAUGUUCAUAUUUUUACUCGAAAAAGCACAUGAAAACUCCAAAAAAUACAAAAAGUUCUAGUUCUGGUUUUAUGUGUAACUCUUUAAUUACUCAAGUUAUUUUAAAUACAUUGAAGACAUGCUUGGAAAGUUUAUCUAAUAGAAAUGAAGUAACAACUUGUACUGAAUCAAAUACUAUAGCAAGAUUAAAGCGGCUUCUUGAUGUGGUUAACCAUUCAAUAUGGAAAAUGCAGCUCGUUUCUACUCUAUCUCCUGAUACAAGUCCCAUACAGAUGAAGCUAUGUAUGGACUAUGUGGAAGUCGAUAACAGUAGUGAAGAUGAAGACAGUGAGAUGGAUUUAAAGUUAACUAGAAAAAAACCAAAGGUGCGACGCCGUCAUACCAACCCGAAACCAAAUAGUGAAAGAGCUAUGCUCGCGUCUACCAUUUCAGCUUCAGACGAAGUUUGUAGUCUAAAGAAGAAUACAAUUGAUUUUAUAUCGAUAAUGCUUGCAAAACCUAAUAGCCUGGUGACUUUAGCACUUUACCAUAACGAUUUUUCCAAAGCCAAUCAAAUUUUGGAGAUGUUCGAUUUGUCUGACUCUGAAAUUGCUACUGAAGUCACAUUUACUGAGCAACUCCGGCAUCUUAUUUCAAAAAUUAAAAAUAUAGUUUGCUAUAGAGACUGCUCGAGAUAUCCCACUAAAGAAUUGUCUGACUUGUCGGUCGUUUCGACGGAAGUUAUGGGCCUCGUUGAAGGAUUCCUCGCUGCCAAUAGAGCCCCUAAUUCUUUUGAUAUUAUUGAGUUGGGAUCACGCCACCCACACUUACAACUAUACAGUCACCACAACUCACCAUUCAUAAAUGCUGUCGACAUACUUAUAAGCAGUGGCCUAAACAGAGAAAUUACGUAUGGUCUUAUCAAUGUUGUCGAAAGAAAACUCGCUGAAGUCAGAAGUAGUACUGAUGUUGCAUCUGUAAAGAAAGUUAAUUAUAUAAGAUUUGUUGAAGAUAUUGCAAGCGUUACUUUUGAGAUAUUCGGAAACACAGACAAAUCAUUUAAUUUCACAGACAAUAUAUGCGAGUUGAUAACUGAUUGUAGAAUUCCCAUUAGGCACAAAGAGUUUUGUAAGCUUAACCAACUUUCAAAAGAAUUGAAACAAUGUUGUAUUGAUUUAGAAGAAAUAGUCAAUCCGAGCGAAUCCAAAUUAGAUGAAAAUUUACUGCAACGAUAUCAUCAAAUUUACAUGAACGUUGUCGCUACGUCCGAUAAAGACAUUUGUAACAUCGCAGAGGUCACCCGACAGGGGAUCAAAAAAACAAGAGUUCCGUACCUUAGAAAGUGUUAUAUGUAUACAAAGUCUGUGUCUCAAUUGGAACACGAAAAUCUGCUUAAUGAAUCUCCCUCGCCAUGUGAUACCCCAUAUUUUGCAGUGCUGGAACGUCAUUUACACAAUAUCUUCGGUAAAAUGUUAAAUGACAAGAACUUGCCUAUAACAUUUUUGGAGCCUAUAUGUAAAAAAUUAAAUGUCAAUUUAAUUCCGAAGCUCAUCUUGAACUUCUGUCCGUCCAUAUCCUUAGUGGGUACACCGAAAGAGGCAACAGAAGAAAAUUUUAAUAACCUGCUUCACGUCGUAUUUGGUUUUAAGAAUCCAGAAGAGAAGCUUUUCGUCGAUCCUAUAGCGGACUUUGCUCCUUUGCCUCGGACCCCAGACCCUCAAUGUCUGACGUAUGUAGUGUUACAUAACUGGGUGCUCGCACAUAUUAUCAAGAGAAUACAUACAUCAUUAAAUGAAACGGAGAUGCAACAAAGUAUUGACGAUCGAACUAAAUGUAUGAAUAGAUACAUGGAGCUGGAAAGAUUCGAUAAGACUAAAGUACUAUUUGAUGAGAACAAAUACCUUGCUUCGUUGCAUACUGUGAUAGAUCUCGACAAACUCUUCUUAUAUUUGCCAAAAUUGUUGGAGUGUGGUAAAAUUCUGCAAUGUCUGAAGAUAAUAGACUCGCUGUCGGAACGGCAGCUAUUGCAAAGUGCGAAUUUAAAUAAUUUAAGAGAUUUAAUACUAUUUAAACUAGCAACUAAUUCGAUGGUAAAUAAAAAUUGGAAGUAUUGUCAGUAUCUAAGAUGUCCGGAGUUAAAGGUUGAUUUGGUACUGAACAAUCUCAAUUAUUGGUCUGCUGAAGGUGCCUUAGAAAUUGUUGAUUAUUUAAGGUUCAUGUUGGAUAAAUCGUCCGUUGAUGAUGAUUUAUUUCAAAUUUGUACAGAUUGGAUGGCUAAAAUACCUUUAUAUGAGCAGAUAGCGUCAAUAAUGGGAACUAACCAUUGGUAUGCUAUCUAUGAAAAAUCUAUUGAAAACCCGGAGAACAUUGUGGAGAUCUUAAUGGAUAGUCAACAGUUUAAAUUAUGUUUAGACUGGGCUGACAUCCAUGACGUAACGGGACAUAUGAAAAAUCUAAUCAUUGUGAACUUGCUACGACAGUUAUUCGAAUAUUCAAAUCAAGCGACUCCCUCCGUAGUUCAAAAUCUGUUCGCUAGAUUAUCUCCGCCUGAAGCUUUGGAGCUGAUGUUAGCCGAAAUUUCAAAAGUCAGGAACGUGGAAAUGCUUCGAGUGUGUCUUGAUUAUAUAAAUUCCCAUUCGAACUGUUCGAAACCUUUUGAAAAUCUAAAAAUCGGUCUGCAAAUAAUUCUGGAAAUGGAGGCGAAUUUGCGUCACCUAUUCUGGGAUUUGAUUGAGAAACCUUUACUUAUGUUCGAGCAAUUGCUGAUGAAUGGCAAACUGGAUAUUCUGACGGAAAUUCUAAACAAGAUAUCUCCCAACUUGAAGCACGACACGAAUGGCGAUUACCUCUAUUACAAUAUGAAAACCAUUGACUCGGUUGUGAUAUCACGCAACGCGGUAGAUUCUCUGCUAAGGUACUAUGCGGAGAAGGCGUUGGAUAUGAAAAACCCGCGUGUCUGUCCAUCUCCACCUUUAAAACCGUGGGACGAUACUUUACUACAAUCGAUUGAUUCGAUAAACUUGGAGGGUGUGUCGCGGCCAUUUGUGAUGCCGGAACAGGUGCCUUCAAAGGAACAAUGGUUGGAGGAUUUUACGGCUGAUAGAUGCAUGUUGUGUAAAAUCUCGAUUUUCUCAAUGAUCAUACGGCGACAUCACUGUAGGAGAUGCGGUCGGCUCGUCUGUCACGCGUGUUCUAGGAAUAGGAUGCAGGUGCCAACAUAUCCAAGUGGAGUAAAAUUCCGUGUAUGCGACGACUGCUAUAUCCAGACUAUGAACAAAAAAUCUUCAACGGAUCAGGAUAAUAUCAUUACGAGUAGUAAUUCCGACUCAGCUGGUAGUGGAGUCACCUGUAUGGACUGGAGUCUAUCAACCAACGCUAAAAAGAAUGAUGCUGUCCGUGAUGAGUUCAGCUAUGAAUUUACACCUAAUGUUACUCUAUGCUUGUCUAUUAUGAAGAUGCAUACUAUAAAUCUGGAUUAUCCUAGAUUUCUUCUCGACCGAAGCGACGAAAUAGCCCGAGAGCUGUCGAUCGGCAGCUCUGGUGAUUCGAGAUGGCUCGUACGUGCUCGACGCUCGCUGCUACUAGCCGCUGCCGAGUUGUACUCGCGCGCACCUACAGACAAGCCGGGAGCUCGAGUGGCAGAAACAGGGGCGGCUCACGUAGCCCGAUGCCUCUCUCACGCAGAAGCCAUGGCCACGCUUGUCCACCAUCAGGCUCACCACUUGGUGCCGCAUCAUGGCGCCCAUCCCAGCCAAAUAGUCCGUUCACUCUUGGAAGCUGAAAAAUGGGAGUUGGCCCUGGAAAUAGCCACGAAAUCUGGUAUUCCGCGAUCGAGCGUUCUCGGCGCUUGGGGCAAGGCGUGCUUAAAAGCGGGCUGCUUCAGAGAGGCGAGGAGAAAAUUCACUUUGUGUUUUAAAACCACACCCAACGUUUAUAUUGAUAUGUCAGAGGAGCUGGAGUACGGAAAGGAGGCAGCCGAAGUACAGUUUACGAACAGAAAGGUCCAUAGUUUGAGGACUGGCGAAAGGUGCAUUUCAACAUCGAGUACACAAUCAGAGGGUCGUGCGCGAACAAACCCACCAUUACUUAAUGAAAUUAUUAAUAUGCUUGAAGAGAUGAAUUAUCCAGUGAAUCAACAGCUGCUCGACAAAGCUGAGAAUAUUAAGACAACAAACGAAAAACUAUCGACGAUGAAUACAAGCAAGAAGAUACUUCCAUUAACAGAACCGGCUCUAAACAUAAUGCAUAUGUUGGCGAGUGUUAAAAAGAUAAAACAAGGCGAUUAUAGUGAUUUCCAAACGGCCACAAUUCAGCCGAAAAAAUCUUUGAACAUUCUACGACGUAAUAAUACAGAGAAAUUUGAUCAUCAAAACAAAAGGCUUGACCCAUUUUUUUACAAGGAAUGCGUGUUUUAUUUAAGUAAUUACGGAUCUCAUGUUGCGAAUAUCAUGUUUUAUUUGAAGCAUAGUAAUUUGGGGGAGGUGAUAAAAUAUUGCUACGAAAAUGCAGUUGACAAAGAAGUAUUUACCGAAUCAGUAUAUAUGGAGUGUUUGAAGACGGAUAAAGUUAGUGAAAUGUUGAAAGCGAUGAGCGAUUUUGACAGUAGUCUCGAGAUGUGGUCGGAAUAUAUAAUGCACAUAUGCCGUACGUUAGAGAUGAACAAACGUCUCGAUGCGCUAUACGCGUUGCAGUGCGGUAGUGGCCAACAUGCGCGCGCGUCGGCCUCUUGUGCAUUGCUUUAUUCGCGGCCAGUGAUUGGACAAACGUUUGCCACUCUUUUGGCAAGACAACAUCACCUUACUGCGGGGUUACAUCAUUUGGGACAAUGCGUUCCGGUUGCAAAUAGAAUAAAUGACCCUAAGUCAAUACAGUUCCAUUUAGAUAGAAAUACCAUAGACAAUUUGAUGACAACGUUUUCUCGACAAAUGGAAUUGGCUAAGUACUUGGCUAACUGUGAAACUUCUAACAGACUAAACGACAAAGUGAUACACGAUAUAAUACCCUUCAACACGCGUCAGUCAGAGACAACAGACCAUAGACCGCUGACACUCUUUGGUUCUAAUACAGAUAAAAUUAAACUUAUAGCCGUUAUACUGGCAGCUGGACAGUCAAUUGAAAGUGGAUUUGAACUAGCUUUUAAAAUUAUAACAGAACACAAGCUCGAUUCAAUGAAUAUAUACAGUCACGUGGCUAGAUAUUUGGUAAACACUGAUCGAUUCAUGGAGGUGAAGACACUGGCUAAGUGUAUACGAAGUUCAAAGGAAACAGCUGCUAAUCUGAUGAGCGACCAAGUAUUAGAAGCGGGGGUGUCAGCCGUAGUUCGGCGCUGCGAGUCUCGAGGGCAACUGUUUGAUGAACAAGCUGAAAUACUCAUUGCAGAUAUUAAUAGUGUUACUAUAAAGAUAUCCUGUUAUCUCACCUGCCACAAUGUAAGCAGCGCCUACAUCAUGGCUGCUCGUAAUGAUCGCACCAAUGACCUGCGCCGGGUGUUGCAAGAAGCUGAGAGAAUUGGCAAUGAUCAAGUGCGGAAUGCAUGCUUAAAGAGACUUACAACGAAAAAUAAAGCCUAGCUGAACCGUUUGAUAUUAUAUCUGUGAUUGUAUUUAUAGGGAUUGAGUAUAUUUGAGAUAAAGUUAUAUUUCUAUUGUUUAAAGGACAUAUUAUUAGUAUAUAGAAAUUGGGUAUAAACAUUUUAAUAGCUUAUUAUUCACUGCCUUUUUGGCGUGCUUUAUUAUUAAAUUUAAAAAGUUCAAUGCAAUUUAUUUCUCGUUUUUGUAUAAAAAGUUUUAUUAAAAAAGUAUGUUCUCAAAGUACACAUUGAGACAAGACAGAUAACCAUUAUAUCAGAGUAAACAACCAAGUAUCUAAAUGUUUUUGGUCUCAGUUUGUGAUAAUUCUUACCAAAUAAGUUGAAUGUUCAUUGUAAUUUUUAAAUAUAUGGAUUAUUA